AUCGUAAUCCUGCAAUAUUGUCAUAAAUUAACUGCUAAACCUGUGGAAAAACUGGCCAUUAUUUGAAUCGGAACUUUAGAACUUUGACAUUACGGUACAACACUAUUAUGUCACGUGACCAGCUUGCGUUUUGAGAGCGCAUUCACAGCUGCUUGUACAUAGAAGCUGUAAAUAUUUAGGCAGUUAAAGAUGAGUUUGGGUGCGCGCGCCACCAAGGGUGGUGCGAAGAAGGAGGGCAAGGCGGACAAGGGCAAGCCCGCCGACAAGCCGCAGCCCAAGGAGAAGACUAAACCACAGGCCACUACAGAGCAACUUCGUAUGGCAAACAUGAUUGACUGUAAAAGCGAGGACCCCUCUGAUGUGCGACGAAUGGUCACGGAACUGAUGGAAAUGACGCGUCGCACGGAGGAGGAGGUCUGCUCCGCUUUACACGACACCAAUAACGACUUGGCCGCUGCUUGCAACCUGCUGUUUGAAGACAGUCAGCGGAUACAGGGCGAAUGGCAGACGAGAGAGAAGAAGAAAAAGAAGCCCCCCGCGACCGCGGGCAAUGGCGAUGUGGAGCCGCCCAGAGACGCGCCGCGCUCACGCUCCGGACCGCGCACACGUCGCGGCGAGGGUGAAGGCUCUAUGCGCGGACGCGGCUCAGGGCGCGGGCGAGGAGGCGCGCGGGGCGGACGUGGCGCGGGACGUGGCGCUCGACGUGGCGGCGCCUCGCGCCCACACGCGCAGCGCAACGACCAGGACUGGCCUCACACACCUGACACUGGUGGCAACAUCGAUUCGUUUCCCACCACAGAGGAUUGGGACAAUGAAGAGUGGUCCGGCUCUCUCUCAGACACCAAGGUGUUCACGCCGAGCGCCAGCGCGCAGGCCGCUGGCGCGGACGACCCGACGCCCGUCGUCCCCUCCACUGAGGACUGGGAGUGCGGCACGGAAACAAACGGACCCAACAUACCCACCUAUACCUACCAUAACCAGCAGCACAUACCUCAAAUGGGCGGUGCGAGUAACGCGGUGUCGAGCGCGCCGCCCGUCGCGCCCAAGCCGGAGCCGCCCGAGACCUACGUGCCGCAGCACCAUCAGCCAAUGGGUAUGUCGGGCAGCCUGAGUGCGGCGCAGACGCAGUACCUGUCGCAGCUCACGCAACAGACGCAGCGGCACGACCCCAGUGUGUACACAAGUAACUACGGCGUAUAUGGCGCGACGGACAUCAGCGCACAGAGGAAAACGCAGCGGGUCAGGGUGCCUCCGCCUUCCAAGAUACCCUCGUCAGCGGUGGAAAUGCCGGGCGGCACAGACAACAGCAGCAACCCGUUCCUCGACGUGCAGUUCGGCGCGCUAGAGCCCGAGGCGCUGCACGAGACCGCGCCGCAGCCCGCACACGCCGCGCACCCCGCGCACGCGACGCACGCCGCGCACCCCACGGCACAGCCCACGCACCCCGCGGCGCAGGCGUCGCACCCCACGGUGCAGACGACGCACGCCGCGGUGUCCAACCACUCGGGGCAUUCCGUGCAGCCCUCCGUCACGCCGUCGCCGCCCACGCCGGUGCCCGUCAAACAGCAGGUGACGUCACAGCCGGAGCCUCAACCCGUGCCCACCAGCCACGAGACGACUGAAGCGCCUAGUAAUAGCUACCCCAACACAAACAGUAUGUUAAACGAUAACUUAUCAGCAGUGGAGGCGACGCCGACGAGUCAACCUGUCGCGUCAGAGCCGGUAGUCACCAACAGCACGUCACUAGAUAAGCUGUCAGCGUCGAUGAAGCAACUGGGAGUGUCGGGCGUGUCCUCGGCGUCGGUGGCGGCGAGCGAGGCGGCGCCGCCCCCGCAGCCGCACCACCACUACGCGCCGCACCACAGGCCUAAGACAGUGGGGCAACAGAACGUGUACGCGCCGCACCACGCCGUGUCGCACCACCCGCCCGUCUACGGCGCCAACGUGUAUGCGCCACAGGUGAACUCCACAAACGCAUCGAUGUCCGGCGCAUCGAUCGCCAGUGCGUACCCGUCCAGCGUCACCCUCACACAGUACCAGCCCAUGAUCAACUCCUACCAGCAACAAACGUCAGCGACGUCAGUAUCGGCCGUGACGGCGGCGGCGUACGGCGGCAGCGCGCUGUACACCGCGGCGCCCUACACCGCGCCGCCCUCCCACCCCGCCGCGCCCUACCACCACCCGCCCACCAAACACCACAAAGAGCAGUACGACAACUCAGUAGCAUCAAGUAACAGUUUAACGAGUACGUCCACCACGCAGACGUCGACAGCCAAAGUUGCGACCACCACAGUAAGCGGUGUAGUAAACUCGGGCGCGUCGGCGGCGUCGACGGGCAACUCAACGGGAGCGAACGCGGCCAGCGCGGCUGGCUACGCGGGCGGCGCGUUAUACGGCGGCGCUUAUGCGUAUGACGAACAACUCAUGAGGCCUGGACUGCCGCACCACAUGGGUGGAUAUUACGAAGUAGGCUACAGCGCGCGGGAAGGUACCUUCGGACUGGGAGCGGGCGAGAGGUUCGGCAGGACGGACGCCGCCUCGCCGCAACAGGUCCCCGCCGCGCUACCGCCCGGCUACGCGUACUUCGCGUACCAACCCCCUCCCACCACAUACCAGUACGGAGUUUCAUACCACCCCACGUACGGCGGUGGUUCGAGCGUAGGCGGCGUGGGUGGAGUGGGCGGCGUGGGCGGCGUUGGCGGCGUGGGCGUGUCGGCGGGCGGCAAGGUGUCGGCCUACUCGCAGCAGCAGCAACCCCCCUACGACGCGCAAGACUCAUACAAACCAGCGGGCCCAUACACAGCCAACGCGAACAAAUCAGCCGGCGCCGCGUCUGCGGAGCUCACCACGGCGAUGUACGCCAAAACGCACGUCGCGCUCAACAAGGUUAACAGUUACGAGAAGGCGGGUUUCCACAGCGGCACCCCGCCGCCGUUCGGUGCGGGCAGCCACCUCUACAUCCCAGCGCCGCCGCACCACCACGCGCACCACCACGCGCCGCAGCAGCACCAGAUGGAUGGUCGGGUGAACAGUAGUCAUAAUAGGCGGGAGAGCGGUUCGGGAGCGCGCGCGGGCGCGGCGAAGCCGGCGGCCAACAAGCCCACGUACUCCUCGCAGUCGUACUGGACGCCCAACUAGCGCGCUGCAGCUCACGAGGCUCUCACCGCAAAGAUAGACACGUGUACAUAGAAGGCGAUCGCUAACCUCAAGUCACCGGCCGGCGCUCGGCGAGCACGCUCCGGGCUCGGCUCGUGCCCGCUCCGGGCUCGGGCACGGCUCGUCACCCCCCCACGUGUAAUCAAUCAACUCUAAACUGACGUCCUUUUAGUGGCUAACUGCAAAAAGUAGUUUGUGGAGUUAUUAUAAUGUACAGUCAAAGGCCGUAACUCGUUUAGCACCUUAUAAUGUGGCACGGUUAUGCCCAUGCGUUAGGUGUGUGUGUGGCGUGUUUGUAGAAAAAGGUCAUAAAUGUGACAGGUUUUUGAUGCAAUUGCUACUCGAAUCCUGAGGCCGACGGUAUACCUAUAUAACGGAUUUAGUCAGAUUUUUAAUUCGUUCUAAUUCUGACGUUUUUUAAUUUUAUGAAAUAACACCAGUCUCACAAAUGAAUGUAACAAAUUCAAAUAAAAUAUAAAAUAGGUUAAUGGAGGUUUGUGGGCUAUUGCCAAAAACAUGGGAAUUUAGAAAAAGUGAAAUUUCUAGAAAACUCAAAAACUACUUUUUGCAGUAAGCCGCUUUUUAGAGGGACGACAGUAAAUGCGUCACCACGAGACACUUCUGUAAUAAGACUUGCUUUCGUUGUAAGAAUCACACGCGUGCGUGCGUCCGUACGACGCGCUCUUUUAGGGUGCCUAUCCACUGGACCAAGACAGUGGAGACAGUUGGAUACACACACUAGAACACACUCAAACAUACAUUUCACUCCGUAUGUGGAGUAAAAUAUAUAUUGAGUGUGUUCUAGAUGUUGGUUGUAUUCUUUUCCUGCUUCUUUAGUAGUGGGAGAACGGGCGGUGCAUAUUGAAUGCGGCACGUACCAUAUGCAGAUUUGUUUUGACGGAUUAUAGCAAAUUAAGCUUUCUAAUUCAUCUUUGCAUAUGAUAUGUGGAGAUGUGUUUAGCAAUCAAUCAGAUUUUUGAUAGAUAUGAUAAAAUUAUCAAAUCUGAUUGAUCAUCUCUCUGCUGUGCGUGGACAGGCACCCUUAGCGUUGUUAAAUUAUUAUUAGUCGCCCGGCGUUCCGAUGCGUUGCUAUGUGUCAAUUUGUAUCGAAGUAUUUAAAGAUAAUAAUAUUGAUAGUGUAUAGGUCGAAUUGUAAAUGCUCUCAUUAACUAAAAAUAUUGGACGCGAGCGAACGCCGCGCGACUAGCUAAGUGUUGUGUUAAGGCUGUGUACACACCAAUGUAAUGUAGACAAGGAAUUAGGCUACAUUUUGUAAAUUUUCAAGGGUGCGAAGCUGCGAGCGGUUGCUAAUGAGAAUUACCAGGGUUGGAUUUUGGUCAAUAUUUUGAUCAAAACGUAUUAUGCACUAAACGAUAAUCGUCGAAAAUUCACAAAACAGAUACCCAAAAACUGCGCCGAAUUAAGGACCUCAUCAUUUUUGGAAGUCCUAAGAUUGAAAUAAGGUUUAUGCAUGCUCUUAUCAAUAAAUAAUAUAAAUGUAGGUGACCUUAAUUCAGUGGCCUAAAACUCAAUUUUAAAAUACGAUCACGUCUGCUCUCCGUGCUAGUCUAUUUAAAUAGACGUUAAAAAUCGAUUUAAUAACUCCUAUCACAAACUUCCACAACAUCCCAAAAUCAAUCAAAAAUCUUAAUCAUUUAUUCAAAGUAGGUACUAUUGUACACCUUUUUAGAGUCAGAAUUGCUAGAUUUGUAAGAUGAUAUUAUGGUGCUGAUAAUUAAUUACGUUAAAAAUAAAGCUACGAGUCCUCUACUAAUUCGCUCGCCUUUGCUGAUUCUACGAGUGAGCGAGAGUUCAGUGUCUAUCGGCCAAGCCAACAAUUUACCGCUCGGUGUGUACACGUCAUUAGACGCGCGACUACGCGUGUAGCUUGUAUAGAAGUAAGGCGACGGACGCACGUGUAUGCGCAGCCUACAGUGUCUCGUGUGUAGACGCAACCUUUUUUUUUUGUUAGUGAAACCUGUAAGAAACCGGCCCUCCUCAUUCUGUUAUGUGCGUGAUAAAUUAUGCAUUACAACAUUAAAAAACCAGACAGUACGUGUAUCUAUUUUAACGUGUAACUGACUAUUGUAAAAUAAAAUGAAAGGUAAUUAAUUGAAUGAGAAAGGUUAAUCUAUGUUAAUAAACUUGUUUAAUUUGAAAUUCCUAGUGUAUUUAGGCGACGGGGCGCCGCGUUUUUAGUAUACAUUUUUAUAAAAAGCUGCGUUUCAACGCGAGAUUAGGUUAGUUAGCUAUUAUUCCGGUGUGUCUCGACUGAUGCGGAAGCGAGCGGAGCGGAGCGUAGACGUGUGCUCCGGAUCAAUGAAAUUUUGAGAGAUGGCGUGAUAAAAUUCAACGUCAAACUCGAGUUCACUCGUCUCGUCUUCAGUGGAAUCGCACCUUUAGGGUCGUAUUAAGGCGGGCACACACUCUGGGGCCAAAUCGUUCGUGUUCCUGCAUCGCUCUCGGUGUGUCUCGGCUUAAAGCUCGCCGCGCCCCGCCGCGUCUCAUUCUGUAAGUCUGCUCCGUUAGGUUACAAUCAUUUUGUUUAAAUAAAUUAACAGUAGUGCUACAUUUAUCUUUAUAUAUAAAUUAUGUAUUGUAUAUGUAAGUGCUUGGUACGCUAUGCGCGCCUCGACUUUUGUAUUUAGUUGUCAUACUUUUUGUAAUUACAUAUUAUUAUUAUUAAAAAUAUUAUAAUUAAAAUGGACGUCAUAGUUCGUCGACUGUAUGUAACAACGUUUUAGUAAAUAAAUAAUCGAGGUCUUUUUUAUCGUGAAAGAAUGCUGAGAUGAUCUCGCGGGCAUUUGAGAGACGAGGAAAUACACAUAUUGGAACAUGAA